AUGUCAAACAAUUUAGACUUGAGCUCCACUUCCCCUUUCUCCCUUCAGAACCUGCAAAACCGCCCGGACCUCCAUCUCCAAAUCCCUCCGGAUUCCGAAGAUGACAACAACCAACACACACCUGGCUCCGGCAGCGGCAGCGGGGAUGUCGUUGGCCGCCGACCACGUGGUCGCCCUCCUGGUUCAAAGAACAAGCCCAAACCACCCGUCAUAAUAACUAGGGAAAGCGCCAACACCCUACGGGCUCACAUCCUUGAGAUAAGUAGCGGGUGUGAUGUCUUUGAGUCCAUCGCGAAUUACGCCAGGAAGCGUCAACGUGGGAUUUGUAUAGUCAGCGGCAGCGGGACAGUCAACAACGUGAGUCUUCGGCAGCCUGCAGCGGCCGGAUCUGUACUGACACUCCAUGGCCGGUUUGAGAUACUCUCUCUGUCUGGGUCCUUCUUGCCACCUCCGGCGCCGCCGGGUGCCACCAGCUUAACUAUAUACUUGGCGGGUGGGCAAGGACAGGUUGUCGGCGGGAAUGUUGUCGGAGCUCUAAUAGCUUCUGGGCCGGUGAUUGUCAUAGCAGCUUCUUUCACAAACGUGGCAUAUGAGAGGCUCCCUCUGGAUGAAGAAGAGGCAGCUGCUAGUAGUGGAGGCGGCGGAGACGUGAAUGGAGGCGUGAAUCACCCCUUUCCUGACCCCUCAUCCAUGGGUUUACCGUUUUUUAACUUGCCACUAAACAUGCCUAACGUUCAGUUACCCGUGGACGGUGGUGGUUGGUCGGGCAACAUGGCGAGCCGGCCACCGUUCUGACUACUUUUGACCAAGUUGAACUCUAUUCUUCAAGGAAAAAGGUCAGAUAAAUUCCAUGGAUCAUUAAUCAUGCUUCUCCAUCUUGUACAAUAACCUCUCCUCCUUUCUAUUUUUUUUCUUUUCAACCUAAGGGGAUUUCUUCUUCUCUUUUGAAUCCAUCUUAACUUACUGUUAGUUCUUAAAACGUGAAUUUAGAUCGAAUCCUCUUCAUCUUCAUGUUGUUUGUACGCUUGCUGUGUUUAUGAAGCUGUGUUAUCA